AUGCUCUCACUGUGGGUGGCUGCUAUCCUCCUCUUUGGGUAUUAUGUGGCCCAAGGAGUCACAUCACCUGUGUCUAAGGUACCAGGCCCCUGGUAUACCCGCUUCACAAGCUUGUGGAUCAAGUAUCAGGAGUUCACGGCGAAUAGACGUGAGUCUGUUCAUCGGCUUCACCAAGUGUAUGGCCCGGUUGUCCGUUUAGGUCCGAAUGAGGUAUCAUUCACAAGCCUCGAUGCUAUCAGGGAGAUCUAUGCCUCUGGAGGUAGUGGCUACGACAAGACAGAAUUCUACUCGCUUUUCAAGCAACUGAAUACCAAAACUAUGUUUUCCACGUUGUGCAAAGAUGAGCACAGUAAGAGAAAACGCCUUUUCGCGGAGCGAUAUGCAAUGACCAAUGUCAUGAAGGCAGAGCCUCUAGCAGCUAUAAAGGAACGGGCAACGACUUUUGUUUCUAAAUGUGUAGAAGCAGGCAAAAAAAGCGUCGAUGUUUAUGUACUCCUCCACUGCUAUGCCGUUGACUGUGUUACGCAUUUUAUGUUCAGCCCAGGAGGUCUCAAGUCACUUAAUGUCGAAAAGGACUUUGAGAUUAUGGAGGAGCUUACUUACCAUCAGAGUCUCCAAAAAAGCCUUCUGGCAUAUUACCUCCCAUCCUGGGAGCCCUAUUUCCCAACAUUCCUCCAUCCACGCAGUGCACCCAAGACCAACAAGUUUGUUCUCGGCAUGACAGCCCAAAGCCACGUCGAGGAAUACACUCUUGUAGAAAAGCUCAGGCGCAAAGAAUCCGGUCUCGAACUCUUACAGGUAGCGGCUGAAUGCAAAGAUCACAUGGCAGCUGGUAUUGACACUACCGGUGAUGGUCUCUGCUUUUUGAUGUGGGAACUCUCGCAACCACAAAACUUGGAAUUCCAGCGCAAGUUACAGCAUGAGCUUAGAAACACUCCACCUGAUUCAUCUUUGGAUAGUCUUGUCUAUCUUGACGCGGUGAUUAAAGAAGCCCUGCGUUGUUCUCCACCGAUCCCGAUGUCUCUCCCGCGUUAUGUACCCGCUGGUGGAAGAUCUAUUGAUGGUUACUUUAUUCCCGCGCACACGAUCGUCAGCUGUCAGCCAUAUACCGUCCAUCGGAGCUGUGAUGAGGUUUUCCCAGAGCCAGACCGAUUUUAUCCUGAUCGGUGGCUCGAAGACGAAGGGCCUGCAGAGCGAAACAGACAUUUCUUUGCCUUUGCAACCGGUGGACGAGGAUGCACUGGGAAGAAUCUCGCGCUGGUGGAAAUGAAAAUACUGCUUCGGGAAGUUUACUCUCGAUUCACUACUACUGUGGCACCUGACAUGAAUGGCUCUAUGAAGCUGGACGAUCAGAUCAUCUCGGCAAGGCCAAAGGGACAGACUUGCAAGCUGAUUUUCACAGACAUCUAGAUGACUUUCAUUUUCAAUGAUUCUAUCUUUGAGCAAACCCUACUAUCAUGACUCAUGUUUCUGGUUGAAUAAAAUUGUUACUCGGAUCUCGACUUACAUGUCUUUCCAAAACCCAGAUGAUUAUCACAAUUAUUAGAGCUCGAAACGUGUCAUCUGAGAACAAAUUCUGGUCAAGGAGUCUUCAAUAAGAGACCCAUAUCGAU